AUGAUCCGCGGCGCCUGGAUGUCCCCCCGCGGGGGCGCCGCCGGCGGGGCCGUGUGCUGCGCGCCGCGCCGCAGCGACAAGCCGGUGGCCGACCCCGAGCGGGCGCAGAAAUGGCGCCUGUCGCUCGCCUCGCUCCUCUUUUUCACCGUGCUCCUCUCCGACCAUCUGUGGCUCUGCGCCGGGGCCAAGCUGCGGGCGCGGGAGCGGCCGCGGGGCCGCGGGCCGCGGGCGCUGCUGGCGGCCGAGCCGGCGGGCGGCGGCGGCGGCGGCAGCUGCGAGGCCCUGCUGGGCAACCUGAGCCGCGGCCCCGGCGGGCCCUGCCCCGCCGCCCGCGGGGACCUGGACUCGGCGUGCGCCCGGCUGCUCGCCCCGCAGCGCCCGCGGGCCCCCGGCGCGCCCCUGCGCUCGCCCCCCGCUGCCGCCGCCGCCGCCGCCGCCGCCGCGCCCUUCUUCGCCUCGCCCUCCUCCAAAAGGACCUUCCUGCAGGCUUACUUCAGGAACUUCAACCUCUCCUUUUGUGAUACUUACACGAUCUGGGACCUGCUGCGGGAGAUGGCCGGCCCCGACGGCCUGGACUGCAGCCUGGACAACCUGAUGGUGGACCUGGUGGUGGCGGCGGCCGGGGCGCUGGACGGGGAGGCCUGUAGCAGCUGCGUCCAGGCGUACCAGCGGCUGGACCAACACGCUCAGGAAAAAUACGAGGAGUUCGACCUCUUGCUGGAGAAGUACUUGCAAUCGGAAGAGUACUCGGUCAGAUCCUGCCUGACGGACUGCAAGGCUGUCUACAAGGCGUGGCUGUGCUCCGAGUACUUCAACGUGACCCAGCAGCAGUGCCGGCAGCGGAUCCCAUGCAAGCAAUACUGCCUGGAGGUGCAGACCAGGUGCCCCUUCGUGUUACCGGACAAUGAUGAGCUGAUCUAUGGAGGUUUGCCUGGCUUCAUCUGUACGGGGCUGCUGGAGAACCAGCUGCCCGACGAGGAGGCCAAGUGCUGCGAGGUGCAAUGGGACUCCUGCGAGCACCCCUCAGACAGCAACGAGGACACAUCCCCCAAAUCCACGGCGUCAGAGUCGCUCCAUUUCCACCGCCACGACCCCCACCUCCAUCACCAGAGGCAGAACCACUACCACCUCUACCACCACCACCACCACCAGUACCACCAGUACCACCAGCCUCGCUCCCCGUCCUUGCUGCCGGUCUCUGCGGGGUCUCGCCUCGGCAGCAGCAGGAUCAGACUGUGCGUGCUGGUCCUGAUGCUCCUCCACACCAUGGUGUCCUUCUCGAGCGUGCACGGCGGCGCCGGGGGGCUCGGCCUGGAGGCCCCGCCCGCCCUGGAGGAGAGCGUGGCCCGGGACGAGUGACACAGAGGGCAGAGCCGACCUCCAAGGAGAACGCCAGAUCUUUUCCCAUAAGGGGGGCACAUGCUAUUCCUCCAAUGGGAGGCACGGGGUUGGGGGUGGCACUCGCGCACCCCCGCACAUCCCCCAAGAGCUGCUCGCGCGGGGCAUCCCCGUGGUGAAGAGUCUCUAACGCGCACAGGGCUGCGGGACCCGGCGCCAGAAGGGUUCGGGCAGGGCCAGCAUUCCCGGCCCCGCAGGCGCCGGGAGGGCAGGAACGGCACGGAGGCGGGGGGACCGAGGGGAGGGGUCCCUGGGAAUCGAAGGGUGUCCCCAUGGGACUGCCGGGUGUCCCCCGGCCGCUGCCGCGAGUGCCUUGAGUGCCCGCGCCUCCCCCGCCCGCGCCGUGCCGAGGUUGGACGGUCAGCCCAGCCCUGGUUCCUUUUCUCCUGGGUGUGAAUGCCGAGGGAGCAGGCGGAGGGGCAGCACCUCCCGGCACAGCCUGGCCCACUCCUGUCCCAGGGAAAAGCCGCUGGGGCUCGGGGCAGAGCCGCCCUGGUGGGGCGCAGUGUCCUCAGCGCGCCGCUGCCUCGCUGGUGGCGUUUGGGGACAGGAGUGGGACGCUGUGACACUGCACUGUGGUACCACUCGGGGUUGGUCUCACUGCAUCCCAGCCUGCUCCUCCAGCCUGGCCUUUCCUGCUGCUCUAUGCGAGGAGGAGGAGAGGGAGGAGGCGUGGAGCAGGAGGGAUGUCCCCAGCAUUCCCACAUCCCACUUUGCAAAGUGUCCUGAUGAUUUGGUGUAACCUUUUUUGUUGUCCUCCCCGGCUGGUGGGACUGGUCGCAGUGAGGAGUUGGGAGAUGUGACUCCAGCAGCGCACAGGCUGUGAGGGAGAGGAUCCCACGUGGCAGCAGUUGGAUGCAGGGAAUCCCAAAGGCAUCCUUCCAUGCUUCCCAGCUACAAAUCAUUGACUGGAUGGCAGGAGGACUGGGCAAACGGGCUGGAGAAAUCUGGCUUGGAGGGAGAGUCUCCCACACAAAGAGGCACUAAUAAGGCCCAGCUAGGGAGGAGCAUUUUUGUGAAUAGUUUCAAUCCAUGGAUGCCCCCAGAUCCGGAAAUUUCUGGGAGCCCAGCUGGACUUGGCUGGGCAAGGUGCUGGCUGGUGUAGCCUCAUUUGGCUCACUUGGGGUGAAUUUUUAACCUGAGCUCAGCUUAUCCAGGGAUUCAGCCCCAAACAAACAUCAGAUCCCUAGGAUCCGAUCCCCAGGUCAUUUCCUAGGAAACUCCCAAUUCUCCACCCAGCCACCAGAACUGUUCCCGGCAUGGACACUGAGGUGGUGCCUCCAGGCCGGGCACCAGGGGCUGUAAUUUGUCCUGGGUGUGGGCAGGGAAGGAAGAGAGGGUGACGAGCUGGGUGUGAGCCCACUCCCUGCUCCCAGAGGGGCUGGGAUGGUCCCUCUGUUUCCAGGCUGGCUCUUGACAGCAACCUACAGCAGAGCCCAGCGUGGGUCACUGCAGGAGACAGGGAUGGAGCAGGAGGAAUGUCCUUCAUCCCAAAGUGAUCCCAGAUCCCUGUGAGGGUGCAAGAAGUCCCAGAGUUGAUGAUCUGUAGGAGUUUUAUGGUUUCUGGUCUGUUGAGGUGAAGCAAAACCAAGCAGAGCCCUGUGAGCAGAGCCCCAUGAGCAAAGCUACUUCCUGCCUGGCUGGAAGAAGGAAGUACCAGGCAUCUCGUGGGAAGCACAGGUUUCCUGACAUUUCCAGCCCAUUUCCAGACCAAAGAGGCUCUGAGAAGCAGCUGAAUGUUUGAUUCCUGCUUUGACUUGAAUCUCAGAGCUUUGGGGUGAUGUUUACACACUACCAGUUGCCUGUUCCCAAAGUCCUGCAGAAACGAGGCCAGUGAUCCCAUUGUCCCAUGGUUUUUGGGGUGGGAGAGGUGGUGCUCAUGGAAGAUGGAGAGUGUUUCCCGAGCAGAUUCCCUUGCUGCUACCACCCAAAAAGUGGGGUGUCUCUCAUUUGACUGUUCCUCAUGACAUCCAUAUAGUUUACACCAAUGAGAACAGCUGGAGAUGGAGCAGUUCUGCAAGCCAGGAUCCAAUCCCUGGGUUUUCUGUGAGCAGUGGGUUGUGGAGCUGCUCUGACAAGGAGCAAAAGCUCCCAGGCAGGCCAGGGGAGGGAGCACAGCCCUGUCCCUGCCUCCAGACAGCCGGAUCCCGAAGGAAAUUAGAUUUCUCCUGCACUGCCAAGAGUUAAGCUAAUUGCAGGCGCCUCUCUCAGAGAUAGACUGUGUCCAAUCUUGGAGCGACUCAUCGGGAGAGAGAAGAAUAGCCCAGUGUGGUGCGUCAGCAAGUGGCCCUGAGUCACUGGCCCUGUGCAUUGUGUCAUGUGUGACACUGAGCAGCGCUGGCGGGCACGGGGUGGCCUCGGUCCCUGCACACAUCCAGAUCCAGCACCUCCCUGAGGGAUGUGUGUCCUUCUCCCUGCCCUGAAGCCCUUGUGUCCUGCUGGUGAUGGAGCGUUAGGCCAGGCUUGGGGGUGGGGAUGGGUGAUGUGGGAUUCCCAGAGGAGCUGUGGAAGCGUCCAAGGCCAGGUUGGACAGGGCUUGGAGCAACCAGUAGGAAGUGUCCCUGCUCAUGGCAGAAUGGGCUUUAAGAUCCCUUCAACCUAAACCAUUCCAUGAUUCCAUGAUUUCCAUAGAGCUGCAGGAGUGAGAUCCAACAACCCAAGUCAUCUUCAGGGGAUGCUGGCAGGGAUUUGCUGGGAUAACCUGGGAGGUGUGAGAAACAGUUUCACUUUCCCUAACACCUGCUGGAGCCUUCCCUCAGGAGGUGUUGCAUCCCAGUGAAUCGGGAAGUGAAGCCAAUUCAGAACUGGACUGGUUUGGGUGGCUACAGUGGAGGUUUGAGCCCCAUCCACCAGGAGUGAGGAGGCCCCCAGGACAGGAGAUCCAUGUGUUUUCCAGGCCACAGCUCCCAAGGGGUGUUCCCAAGAGGAUGAGAUGUCAGGGAGAGCACCCGGGGUGCGGAUCCUCUCUGGGAGCGUGGGAUGGACUUUACCUGCUGCAAGUCGGAGGAAAGUGCUGGGUCUUCCCAGAGCAAGGCUGUAGAAGAUCUUUUCUUUAGUGAGUCUGGGCUGCUGUCAAUAAGUUCUGUGGUUUUAGGGCACCAUAUGCUGCAUUCAACACUUUGCCAGUCUGUUUAAAUGGAUCCAGACGAGGCUGUUCCCAGAGCAGGAGCAGCUGGAAGUGGUGUAUGGAGCAGUCCAUCAUCAGGAGCCCAUUGGACAAAAUUCCUGCUUUUGGUAUGACAUUACAACCUCCUAAUCCUCCAUCCCUGAGUACUCUGUCUUUGCUCUCUGAAAAAACAGCUCAGGAAGCAGACAGUGACAUUGUCUCACUUAACACCACUGCCAUUAUUUUUAUUACAAAGUGGAGGGAAUGGGCCUGGAAAAGGAGUGAAUGUGCUUGGAUAAAGAAGGAAUGUGCCUGGAUAAGGAGGGGAAGGGCUUCCUUACCCUGUGUGUGUGUCCAGGGAUGCUUCACCCCAAGCCCUGUGUCCACCAUUGCCCUUUGAAUUCCCAAAUGCUUUCCACAUUCCCAAAGCCACCUUGGAAAACAUGAGCUCUAAAUGAUUUAUCCUACCAGGAGCUUAAACCCAAGAGACUUUGUCCUUUUCAUCCAAUGAUCUUAUCUCUUCUCCCUAAAGAAGAUGCCCCAUGUUGGGAUUUAUAAGUAAAACUCAACUUUUCCUUCAGUAGACAAACUUCUCUUUGCUCAGAGAAAAUUCCCAGUGGGAAGCAGUGAUUCCUCCCUGGUGAAGGGGUUCCUCAUCCCCAGGGAAGUGAGGGAUGAUGAUGUCUCCACAAACUCCAGGUGUGGGCUGAGAGAAGGAGCAAAAGGACUUGGGUCCAGCGUUAUUCCCGGGUUUUGCACUUUCAUGUAGCUGCCAGUUGUACAAAUUAAUUAAAAAUAACUGAAGAAGAAUCCCAAAGAAAGGCCCCGCUUCCUCUGGGGAACAUUAAUCAUUAGCUGAGUCUUUUUCUUAUGAAAAUACAGAUCCAUGGUAGCCCCAGGCAGAAGAUUCCCAGGGAGAGCCCUCACCAUUCGUGCUCGGAGUUAGGGAAAUCGCUUUGAAAGCAUCUGACAACUAAAGCAGAACAUGUUGAGUAACUUGGCAACACUGGGAAACCAUCUGGAACUGGUUUAUCUUCAACACAUUUUGCUUUGCUUCAAGAGGAGAUGUCAGGGCAGUUCAUUCACUGCCACUCAGGGCCGCGGGCGGGGCCAGGAGACGCUCGGCUGCCGCCUGGAGGAAGGGAAUAAAGGGAAAAUGCCAAAAUCCCAGAUAUCUGCUGCUCCUGGGCAGGACACUGGGAGGCCAGGCCAUGGAGUGUCCCUGUGCUGAGCUCUGCAGGUGCCUCCUGGUCUCUGGUGGCACCAAGCGUGGUGGUUUGGGAUGGUUUGUUGAGGUUGCCUGGAAACGCUGUGGAUGCCCCAUCCCGGGGGUGUCCAAGGCCAGGUUGGAUGGGGUUUGGAGCAACCUGGGAUAGUGGAAUGUCCCUCUAUGGCAGGGGGUGGAACUUGCAUGAUCUUGAAAGUCCCUUCCAACCCAAACCACUCUGGGAUUCCAUGAUUUUCACAGAGCCAAAGGGGGUGAAGUCCCAUAGCCCAGGUUACCCUUAGCUUGUGAUUCAUCCUCAUCCCAUUCCUGCUGCUGUCUGGAAAGGAAUGCCUGUAGGGCUUGGUGGAGACAAUGUCAGGACAGAAACACUCCUGGAUUCUGCCAGAAAGUGAUGGGGCAGUGUACUAGUUUGAAAGCAAACCAGCAGGAGGUUCCAAGUCACAACUCCAAUUUAACAGGAAAAUUAAAGUAAAGGCAGUAGUACAGAAGCACUCUCUUAGACUGGUGGAGUCAGACUACGACCUUACAGCCUGUUGGUCAGGGUGGUGGGAGCAGUCUGAUUAAAUGGGGGCUGUUGGAGUGAUGGAAGUGAUUCUGCCAAAGCAGUGAUGCUGUAGAAAGAUCUGGUCCUUCUCUGUCAGUCCAGUGGUGGUUAUGGAGCUCUUGUCCUCUGGGAAUGCAGUGGUAGUGCUCCCGUGGUGUUCCAGUCCUCAGAUUCUAUCCAGGUAGGAAUGUUUGGUUCCUCCCCUCAAGGUGGGGAAGCUCACAAUGAGAUGAUGUGAUUCUCUGAGUCAUUCUUUGAGACCCUUCCUUAACAUGUGUCACUUGCUCCUCCUCCUCUUCUUCUGGGCAUCUCCCACAGUGGUGCUGGAUGUUGUGGUGGUUGUGGAACCAGCGCUUCUUGCUGUACCCUUUUUAGUGCCAGUCACAAAUCCAAUCUUUGUACCUUCUUUCUUGGCCUUCUUCAAUUUGUCCAUCUCAGUCUUCUGGGCUUUAGCUAGUGCCUCAUAAUAUGAAUCCUCUGACCAGCUAUGAGGAUCAAACAUGUCCUUUGGGCAAUUUGUACCAAUUUCAUCAAUGGAACAAAACUGGAUCAGCUUUUCAUAGACACUGGGGUUGUGAAAUUCCUUUUUGUUCUGGAUGAUGUAGUUCAUAUCUAUGCCCUCUUUCAUUUUCCUCUCGUACGGCUUUUUAAUUUUAUCCUGCAAUUGGUUAGAACAUCUGCCAAGAGGCUCAGGAGGGAUUUUGAUCUUAUCUGAAGACAUGUUCCACACUUUCUGCAAAAGAAGCAACCAGUUCCUGAGGAUCUCUUUCCUCCAUUUCUUGGAAUUCCUUUAGGUCACCAGCCUCGGGUUUUUCAAUCUAUAAAUCAUCAUCUUCUGGCAUCCCGGUGGGUGAAGUCUCCUUCUCCAUACCCAGCUGACACCCGGCCUCCCUUUUCCCCGUGGGCUUUACCCCGUCACUCCCCUCUGUGCCGGCCUCUCCAUCCCACUGCAGGUCCGAGUCCUCACCGUGAGCCUCCAGCAAGGAGAGAGCACUGUGCUUCACCACCACCAUCCUCCAGGGGUGCCCCACUCUGGGCACCAGAAGUGUUCCAGCUUGAGAGCGAACCAGCAGGAGAUUCCAAGUCACAACUACAAUUAAUUAGGAAAAUUCAAGUAAAGGCAGUAGUACAGAAGCACUGGCUUAGACUGACAGAGUCAGAGUACGACCUGACAGCCUGUUGGUCAGGGUGGUGGGAGCAGUCUGAUUAAAUGGGGGCUGUUGGAGUGAUGGAUGUGGUUCUGUUGAAGUGAUGAUCCUCUAGAAAGAUCUGGUCCUUCUUUGUCAGUCCCGUGGUGGUUAUGGAGCUCUUCUCCUCUGGGAAUGCAGUGGUAGUGCUCCCGUGGUGCUCCAGGCCUCAGAUUCUAUCCAGGUAGGAAUGUUUGGUUCCUCCCCCUGGGUGGAGCAUCUCACAGUGGGAUGGUGUGAUUCUGUGAGUGGAACCCUGAUGACCCAUUAGUGGAGAUGGCUUCCCACAGAGUGGCCAGAAGAUAAAGAACACUGCCCCACCUAUCUUUUGGUACAUCUUACAUUGUAACCCAGGACAGGCAGGGAAUUCUGUGAAUCAGCUUUUCAUGCUUCCCUGGGGCUUCCAUCUCUCUUAAAUAAGGCUGGAAAAGUUGGGAAGGGCCAUGUCAGGUGUUCAGGUUGGCUGUUAAAGAUCUCCUUCAGCCCAAAAGUUAGCUCAUGGGCAUCCCAGCUGGAGGUACCACCAUCACACCAGCCCCAAAUCAUCCCUUCUGCCACAAAGGGAGCCUGCUCGGAGCUCCUGCAUCACAGCAGCCCUGGAGCUGCACAGCUCCCACCACAAGUCCAUUUUACCCCAGGAAUGGAAGGACUUUAGCAGCUCUUUUUGGGUGUUCUUGGUCCAGGUGGCUCUUUGGGUGACCUCCCAGCCCUGCAUGUCUCUGUGAGGAGGGAGGAAGGGAGCAAAUUGGUGGGGGAUGGACCAU